AUGACAUUGAAGAAAAAGAUUUUGGAUUUAGAAUUUAAAUUAAAAUAAAAAGAAUUAGAAAUUAAAUAGAAUUAAAUACAAGAUUUAAAUGUUGAUUAGAAGAAUACUAUUAUAAAUAUAUAAUAAUUUAGGAUUCUAAAAAGGACAAGUGGAUAGAAAAUUAAAUAGACUAGUUAAUAAUAAUAAUCAUUCUCAAUUUUAGCAUAGAUCUAAAGAGCUGGGGGGAGUAGAGAAUUAAAAGAUUCAAAAUAAUAUCUAAAAUAGCACUUUUAGAAAAGGAAAUAAAGUAUUAAAAUCUCAUUGAUUAUAUUGAAAAUAAUAGUGAAGCAAAUUCAUUUUUUAAGGCGAGAAAAAUGCUAUAUUAGUAAAGAAAAUAGAAAAAUCAAAUCAGAAAUAAAAACCAGAAAUAAAAACUUUGUAUCACUAAAAAUUGGAAUUUAAUUAAAUCAGCUGAAAAAGCAGAGGGCAGAGAAAAUUAAAUGGAUUGAAUAUCGAUUAACAAAAGAAGAAGAUUUACAUAAACAAACUCUAAAAUUUAUUUUUUUAGUAAUUUAAAUAAAUUAAUAAAAAAAGCCUGGAGAUAAUUUUAGAAAAGAUAAAGAAGUAAAAAGCCUUUUAUUAAUAAUAUAGAUUAUAAUUGAUAGAUAAUUUAACCCUCUUUGCUUUGA